AUGUCUCUUGACUUCUCUAGAAUUUCGUAUCCCGGAGAUGUAUUUGUGUUUCUUAUUGGUUUGAUACAUUUUCACGUGAACGUUGGGAUGACAAAUGCGGUUGCAAUUGCUGCGGCUGGGAGUCAAAACCCCGGUUUGAUCACGAUACGUCAUGCGUUUUUUGGAUCAAACCCGAUGAUUGACCCAAGCAUUUUGGCUAAAGCAUUUGCGUUGGACUUGAACAUAGAUGAACUCACACUUUUGAUGAGUGAAAAUCUUUGUGUUGAAAGAUCAAAUAUCACUGCAAGUUUAGACUAUGAAUAUUCCAAAAUUGUUGGACCAGAGCGAUCAGGAAGAGCAUGUUGCCUAGGACGUGGACCUACACCUUCAAAGCUAUUGAAAAUGUCCAAUACUCCAAAUUUAGAAGCGUUAAAUUCUGAAGUGGUUGAGCUAAAGUCACAAGUUUCAGAACUGCAAACUCAAGUCUAG